AUGGAAAUAUUAACUGAGCCAAGUUUAACUCUUCUUGACGUUUUUAUGUUAUACCAAACAUCUACCCUUCCAGCAACUGUUAGAAAAAUUAAUGAAACUGAAAGUUUUUUCUGGAAUAAAGUUCUUGAAUUAGAAACACCUUUUAAUGAAUAUCUAUUUAUUAAAAUACUUACUGCUAUUCAUAAUCAAUGGUCAUCAUAUACAAGUAAUUAUCAACAACACUCAUUUGAAUCUAAUGAUGUCAAUGUCUUUACUCGAAAUAGAGGUGUUAGUGAUGCAGAUAAAAAAAAUAAAAUUCUAAUAGACACAUCAAUAUCUCCUGUAUUUGUUUCUGAUGAUCAUAAAAUUUCAAAUUCAUCUCUUUCUAAAACUCAUUUAACCACAACACCUAAAGACAUUUUAUUAAAACCAAAAUGUCAAACUCUUAGUGACCCAUCUCUUUCUUCUACUUCUUCUUCUUGUCCUAAUAAAACAAAUGACCAUUCAGAACUCCUUCGAACAGAACAAAUUGGAACUCCUCCUAAAUUUUUAGAGCCACUCCCUAAACUUUCUCGUCCUACUUUAAAACGUACAAUACCAGGAGCUUUUUCAUCAACUAGAAAUAUUUCAUUUACACCUCAUGAUAAACAUAAAAGACCUGCAAUACCUGAUAAAAAAUUAACAAAAAGUAGAAGUAUGGAAUGUAUGCUUUCAGCAUUUGAUUCAGAACUUGUAACAAGAGGAGAAAUUGCAUUAAGAGAAAGAAGAAGAGUUGGAAUUAACUCAUCAUCAACAAAGAAUUUAGGACCAAUACAAAUUACAAAUGAAACAAUUAAAUUAUCAAAUAAUACAAAUGAAAGUAAAAAAGACAGUAGUAAACAACAAGAAGAUGAUAAUGAAUGGCAAUUAUUUUCAUCAUUACUACAAAGAAAAACACUUAAAAAUGUUAUUAAAAUUCCAUCAACAAAAGUAAUAGAAAGAAUGAUGAAUACAGAUAAUUUAGUUGAAAAAUAUUUAAGAGGAAAGUUUAAUGCAAUUCAAUAUGAAGGUGGAACAACAAAUAUUUUAAUUAAUGGAAAUAAAAUUGCAAUAUCAGCAGGAGUAUUGGUUGAUGUAUUAAAUGGAAAUUAUAUUAAUAAUUUUAUUUAUCAUCAAAAGGAAUAUUAUGAAGGAUUACAUACAUUAGCAAUUUUAUAUAUUGGAACAAUUAGACCAUUUUGUUCUAUUAGAAAUUCUUCAAGAAUAAUUGUUUCAGCAUUAAAAACAUUUAAUAAAUUAAUUCCACCAAUUAUGGCAUUAGAAAGAAGAAUUUCAAGAAUGUUUACAUUUGGAAAUGGAAAUGAAAAUAUUAUUAAUGCAUUAGAAUGGUAUUCUAAAGAACUUAUUUGUUAUGGAAUGUAUAUUGAAAAAAUUAAUAAAAUACGUGAAUUAAUUCAAUUAACUUACAAAGAAGACAUUCUUCAUUCAUUAGAAAUUGCUAUUAAUGAAUAUGAAGAAACACAUGAAAAAGUAAAACCAUUUGAAGAAUUAAUUGAAUUACCAAUACAACAUUUUGGAAGAUUAGGAGCAUUAUUAUUUUAUUUAAUGAGUAAAACAUCAGAACCAUCUCAAAUUAUUAAACAAACAAUAAAAAAAUAUAUUCAAGUAUUAUCAUCAAUUAGUGAUCUCUCUUUAAAAAAAUUAAAUCAAAUAACUGGAAUGGAUUUAAAAAAAAAAGGAAGGUAUUUAAUUCAUUUUGGUGGUGUAAAAAUUACAUCAAAAGAAUUUAAAGGAAAAGAAUGGAAAUUAUGUUUAUUAUUUAAUGACAUUUUACUUAUUGCUAAAAUUGAUGUAACAGAAAAAUAUCGUAAUGAACGUGAAAUAUUAACUAGAUUUGAAAAUGCACCUUCAGGUAAAGAUAUUAGUUUAUUAAAAAAAUAUUAUUGUAAAGUAGAAUAUAUUUGUGAUACUUCUAAAUUAAUUGUCUGUUCAGAUAAAAAUUAUUCUUUCACACUAAAUACAAUGGUUUGUAUUUGUUAUAAUAUGAAAGAAAGAGAUAAUUGGAUAUCUUCUUUUCAUUCUGUAAAAGUCUCAUUUUUAAAUUGA